UUCAACAAAGCUAUCAUCCUCGUCGGAGGUCCAUCCAGGGGCACCCGGUUCCGCCCUCUUUCGCUCGAGUUCCCCAAGGUGCGCAAAUCGUAUCUUCUGCCCCCCUCCAUCGCAUUCUGUACUGACAAACGGUCAUGCAAACAGCCCCUCUUCGAGGUCGCCGGCCACAGCCUGAUCUGGCAUCCCCUCUGCGCGAUUGCGAAGGUCGCUAGCAUCCGUGAGGUUAUCUUGAUCGGCUACUACGACGAGUCUGUAUUCGCACCAUCGAUUCGUAGCUGGAGCGCCGAGUUCCCUGCGCUGAAGAUCACGUACCUGCGUGAAUACACGGCGCUGGGAACCGCCGGAGGGCUGUACCACUUCCGCGAUGCGAUCCUGAUGGGAAACCCCAAGCGCAUUUUUGUCCUCAAUGCCGACGUGUGCUGCUCGUUCCCGUUGAAGGAGAUGCUGGAGGUUUUCGAGGAGAAGGAGGCCGAGGCGGUGCUGCUCGGCACCAGGGUGCAGGGAGAGGCGGCGCAGAGGUUUGGAUGCAUCGUCGCCGACCCUACGACGUCAAAGGUCCGCCACUACGUCGAGAAGCCCGAGGGCCAUAUCAGCAACCUGAUCAACUGCGGAGUCUACCUCUUUUCGUCCUCCGUCUUCUCCCUGAUCCGCACCGCCAUGGACGCAAAGGCUGACCGCCUCGCCUCCGACCCGAGUGUCGACCCAACCGACGGCGACUCGUCCUCCGUUCUCCGCCUGGAACAAGACAUCCUCGGCCCCCUCUCCGACAGCCGCCGCUUCUUCGUCUACGAAACCCGCGACUUCUGGCGACAGAUCAAGACCGCCGGAUCCGCCGUGCCCGCCAACGCCCUGUACCUGCAGAAGGCAUGGCAGUCCGGCUCCGAGGAGCUCGCGAAGCCCAGCGCCAACAUUGUGCCGCCGGUGUUCAUCCACCCCACAGCGACCGUGGACCCCACCGCAAAGCUCGGCCCGAACGUCUCGAUCGGCCCUGGUGCUAUCGUCGGCGCAGGUGCUCGCAUUAAGGACUCAAUCGUGCUCGAGGAGGCGGAAAUCAAGCAUGAUGCGUGUGUGCUUUACUCAAUCGUGGGCUGGAACUCGAAGGUGGGUGCGUGGUCGCGUGUAGAGGGCACGCCCAUGGCGGCGACGGAUCAUGCGACUACCGUGGUCAGGAACGGCGUGAAGGUCCAGAGCGUCAGUAUUCUCUCCAGGGAGUGUAAGGUGAACGACGAGGUGCGCGUGUGGAAUUGUGUUUGUCUCCCAUACAAGGAGCUGAAGAGGGAUGUUGCGAACGAGGUUAUCAUGUAACUAAGUAGCGUUCCGAGUUGAUCACGGGGGGAGUGGGGGCAGGUGGAUUUGGAAUGAAGGAAUGAGGUCAUGCGAUUCGGCAGAC